CACCGGCGGCCGGCCCGACGGCACCAUGUACUCGCCCUACUGCCUGACCCAGGAUGAAUUCCACCCCUUCAUUGAAGCUCUCCUGCCUCAUGUCCGUGCCUUUUCCUACACAUGGUUCAAUUUGCAAGCUCGGAAAAGAAAGUACUUCAAGAAGCACGAGAAGCGGAUGUCGAAGGACGAGGAGCGCGCCGUGAAGGACGAAUUACUGGGUGAAAAGCCCGAGAUCAAGCAGAAGUGGGCUUCCCGGCUGCUGGCCAAGCUACGCAAGGACAUCCGUCCAGAGUUCCGCGAGGACUUCGUCUUGACCAUCACCGGCAAGAAAGCCCCGUGCUGCGUCCUCUCCAACCCAGACCAGAAGGGCAAAAUCCGCAGGAUUGACUGCCUGAGGCAGGCUGACAAGGUUUGGAGGCUGGACCUUGUUAUGGUCAUCUUGUUCAAAGGGAUCCCUCUUGAAAGUACUGAUGGGGAGCGGCUGUACAAGUCGCCGCAGUGCUCGAACCCAGGCCUCUGCGUCCAGCCACACCACAUUGGAGUCACAAUUAAAGAACUGGAUCUGUACUUGGCGUAUUUUGUUCACACUCCUGGUAGGUCAAACAAAAAAAAUAGGCCAAGAGUGUACAGACAGUCUUUCUCACUGCCCUACGCGGACCCUCACGCACCCCCACACCCCCUGGCUCCCUCGAUCGAAGGCUACCGUCAGGAAAGGCUGGGUUCGUUCUUCUCCGAAGUGCCUGUUCCGGCAGGAGGUGAUGAACUGUCCUUGAACUGUCAUAGCCCCUUUGUGGUCACAGCCCCGAGGCGUGUGAUGAACGCCGUGGAACGAGGCUUCCCGUUGGCCUGGGGCGGCAUGGAAAAGAGGGGCCGUGCCCGGCUGUGA